GUGGUCGGUCGUUCGUUGGUUUUGUGUGAAUGGGGUCCACCACUUGUCGUUACGUUGUUGCUGUUGAACUAAACUGAGUCUGAGUGUGAGUGUGUGCGUGUUUGUGUGUGAGAAAUGCUUCGCUGCCGCAGUUGGCGUCUCAUGAAGUCUGACUUCAAGUUUAAGAUAAAGAUGAAUAAAAAUCUUACUUGGUCAGUUGGGGUUACUUCUAGGGGUUCAUUCAUUAGCGAGCAACGCUAGCGAACAGACGAAAUAACGGUUGAAUUCAAAUAUCAGAAAAAAUUGAAAUAUAAAUAUAAAUAAAAUUGAAUUGAAUUGUUAUUAUAAGAAAAGCAAAUAAAUAAAAAAUAAGAAAAAGAAAUCAAGCGUUCUAAAAUCCAGCUAAAAGCGUUAACACAAUAUCUCUCAAAGCAAAUAAAUAAAUAAAUAGUUUAAGAAGAAGAAGAAGAAGAAGAAAAAAGAAAAGUAGCAAUAAAGAAUUUCUUCAAGAAUUGAAAACGUUUCCGAGACGCGUUUUUUAGCAAAAGAAAAAAAAAUUAACAAAAAUAAGUAAAUAAUUGAAUUUUUUGUUAAAAUCAUAAGAAGUAGAAAGAAUUCCUUCUGGACAUUGUGUAAAGAAGUGCGUAUUUUUAUGUUAAAAAAAUGAAAGAGUUUGCAAAAUAUUUGGCUCGGCGCUACAGUGCCGUCAAUGCUGAAGAUGUGGAUGCAGUGUCGAACAAUCAGCAUCACCAUGUUGACAAUGUUCUGGCUACAGGCGAAAAACGCAAAAGUCUUAGAGCUAGGCGCUCCGUCAAUGCUUCCGGCAUUUUAAAUUCAUUUUUCAAUGAGCGAAGCAGUACAAAAAGUGCCCGAUCACCAAAAUGUGCUUUCCUUAUGCUCUCCCUAGGCAUUCUGGCAAUUUGUGGAGCAGUUUUAAUUAAAAUAUUUCAUCCAUAUGACUUGAUAUUCAAAUGGAAACUCACAAUGUCUGAUGGCGGCGAAAUCUUUAAUUUGUGGGCUAAACCUCCAGUGGAUUUAUAUUUGAAAGUCUAUCUAUUUAAUAUAACAAAUGCAGCCGCCUUUAUGGAGGGACGAGAAAAAAUGCAUGUCGAACAAGUUGGACCCUAUGUUUACAAAGAAAUAAUGACACACGAAAAUAUCACCUUCAACGAAAACAAUACCAUGUCAACCAAUCCCAGUCACCCAUUGGUGUGGCAGGAACAUCUCUCCGAAGGACGUUCCGAAGAUGAUGAAGUUGUGAUGUUGAAUAUUGCAAUGUUGGCCAUAUCUCAUUUGACGGCAGACAAACCGUUUUUCAUACGCAUGGCUUUGAAUAGUCUGUUUAUGUCGCAGGAUUCCAAGCCCAUUGUGAGAAUGACAGCCAAGGAAUUUAUGUUUGGCUAUGCCACCACACUGACAUCGUUGGGCAACACAUUUUUGCCCGGCUGGAUAUAUUUCGACAAAGUUGGUCUGGUCGAUAGGAUGAUGGAUUUUAACAAUGAUUUUGAAACCUUCCACACUGGUGUACCGGAUCCCAGGUUUUCGGGUCUUUAUGCCACCUAUCGUGGUUCACCAAAUCUCCGUCAAUGGGAUGGGGAGCACUGCAGCAACAUUGAAAAUGCCUCGGAUGGUGUCAAGUUCCCGAGCUUCAUCAAGCCCAACGAUACGAUCAAAUUCUUUAGGAAAAGUAUGUGCCGACCUGUAACUCUGCAUCGUGCCGAUGACGAAUUGAUAAAUAAAGGCAGUUUGUCGGGUUAUCGUUAUAUCUUUGAAGAUAAUCUGCUGGACAAUGGUCGUGUCAAUGAGAAUAAUAAAUGUUUCUGUCGUAAAGGUUACUGCCAGCCUGUGGGUUUAGUUGACGUCACCGAUUGUUAUUACGGUUUUCCCAUUUCACUAUCGUUUCCACAUUUCAUGGAUGGCGAUCCUCGUCUACAAACAGACAUAACUGGUUUGGAACCCGACAAGGAAAAACAUUCAUCGGAAUUCAUCAUCGAGCCGGAAUCCGGUUUACCGCUUUCACUAUCGGUGAAGGUACAAAUCAAUAUGCAUUUCCGUGAUAUGUCUGCAUAUGGGCGUGUCAAACGUUUUAGCCAUCUCACCGUGCCCAUGUUGUGGUUUGAAAUUACCCUACCCGAAUUACCCGAUUCAUUGGAUUCCCGUUUUAAUUUCUAUUUGAAUAUUUUACCCUACAUUGAGCCGCUUGGUUUUUGGUCUGGCAUAGUUUUGGGUUUAGCCCUGCUAGUGUAUGCCGUUACCAGGGCCACGAUGCGUUUAACCACCCUCAGCAAGAAAGGUCAAACAUUGGAGGUGAACUAUGCCCGGGCAAAUAUUCUGCAAGUUGCCGCCAAUGGUGUCUACAAUCCGUGUGAAAUGAAGCUGUUGCAUGCCAAUGAGAAAAAUAAUAUGAUUUUACGUAACGAUGGCCAUGAAUCGGAUGAUUUAUAUGCCGAACUGCAGACACCAAUAAAUCAAAAUCAACAGCAGCAGCAAUCGUCAAAAAUAAAACAACGCAGCUCCUUUGCCUUGGAAUUGGAACCGGCCAUCUCGAACACCGACACCAGUAGCAGCAGCAGCAGUGAUGAGGGCAAUGAAAGUGAUACGGCCACCUUAACACUCAGUCGUAAUUCAACACCCUCAUGUUCGGAUGAUGGUGAAACGAAUAAUGACAGCUUAAUAUCGAAAUCCUUUAACUCUGAUGACGACGACGACGAUGAUGGGGAACAAAAUAUUGGCAUUAGUUUGAGCAGCUGUCGAAGUUCGAUGAAAGACUCACAUGGGAGUGUUCCUGGUCAACAUUGAGUAGCCAAACACAAAGAACCCAUCAUCACUACCAUUCGCACACACGCACACGCACACGCACACUUUCAUUCACCGCAAACAAAAGUAUUCAAAUCUAAUGGAACUGGUUUUAGAGAAAAUCAUAACACCUCUACUAUGUACACACACACACAUGUGCGAUUGUACGCACAGCUAGCUAUGUGUAAAUUAAACUGAGAUUAAUUAAGCCUAAUUAUCAUUUAAAUAUGUCUUGUAUUUAUAUGUAUAUAUGAGGUGUAUAUCGCAUGAGCACCAUUGCCCACCAGAGAUGGCUUAACAUGAAAUGGUCAAUAUGAGCUAUCAAAGCGAUCGAGAAUCGAUAUCUAAAUAGAUUCUGAAUAGCAUUGGUAUUUUCAUCAAUUCAUAAGAACUCCUUAGAGAGAAAGAUAUGAGAAUGCCCAUGAAAUUAAAACAAUUUGAAACGCUAAACUGUGAUAGAGAGAAAAAGUCGAUGUACAAGUUAGUCCUGUGUUUCUUACAAUUGACAAAGAGUUAUAAUAAAUUAUUUAUUUGGGUUUGGUUUUUUAUACUCACAACGUCCUUAGAUCUAUAGAUUUUGCUGUGGCUCGUCUCAUUUCCCAUAUUAUUGUCAUUUGUUCACAAACAUUUAUACUCCUAGAUAAGUCCUAGCUUAAGCUAUUUCCUUUUAAAAAUUCUAGUACAUACGUAAAAAAUAGUAUUUUGUAGUCCAAAUUCUGCCUCUGUGAGGUUUCAACCAAAUGUUUUCUUUUUUCCAAAAAAAAAAAAAAAUAAAUAAAAUAAAAA